AUGGAGUGGGCAGCGUAUGAGGAAGUGCCUGCGGGGGGCGAGAAGGCGGGGGUGGAGCCUGCGUCGCCAGCGGCUGUGGAAGAGGAGGAAGAGGAAGAAGACUACAUCGGCCCGCGUGCAUUCAAGAUUGAUGGCGAGCUGGGACCCGACGCCGGUCCGCCCAUGGAUGGCUUCGACUAUCUGCGCCGCGUUCGAUGGGAGGCGAAACGAGUGCCCAAGGUGGUCAAAUCAAACAUCGACCCUCGGCAGUAUGACAGCCGGCAGACCACCUUUUUGACGCCACCACCCGACAUCGCCGAGUGUCCCGAGGCUCUACGACCCUCCCCCGAGUGGGAGAGCACAUUCCUCCUCAACUUUGAUGCCCUGCGCAAAGAUCUUGCUCAUCGGUACGAAGCGAUGCCCAAGCCGAAACUCGCACAGCCGCUUCCCUCGAUCAGGCGGUGGAAGCAGAUCAACUUGGGCAUACAUCGUCACGGCGACGAGCGCACACUAGUCACGCCCACUCGACCCACCAUGUCGGUUGUCAUGACUCUCGACAUCGUCUCGGUGAGGCAGCUGCUCGAGUACCACAUCCGCUGGGCCAAGAAGGCCAAGGAGGUCGACGAGGUGCACACACAGUGGCUGUAUGCGCUCCUGUCGCGGCUGGACAAGCCCAUCGACGCCGACAUGGCCUCCGCGCUUCGAUCCCUUCUCCGACGGCUCGCCGAGGAUCGGUCUCGCCUGGAGAGUCAACAAGAUCAAGCACUGCCUGCGCUGAACAUCCUGAUCACGAUCAUCGCCAAGUACUUCGGCCAGGGAUGGCGUCUUGCCAGGCUGGUCGAGCUUCCGGUGCCGCUGCUGCUGGCCCGCCAGGCCGGCUAA